AUGUUUGUUCAUCGUCUCUGGACACUCGCAUUUCCUUUUCUUGUGGAGAUAUCGAAGGCAUCACAGUUGGAGAAUAUUAAAUCUCUUCUGGACAUCGAAGAUAAUGUGCUACCGAAUUUGAAUAUAUCGCAAAAUAAUAGCAACGCAGUACAAAUCCUCGGGGGUGUGGACGCCUUAUCUUUUUACGAGUACACAGGCCAACAAAAUUUCACUAAAGAAAUAGGUCCAGAAACAAGCUCACAUGGAUUAGUUUAUUACUCUAACAACACCUAUAUCCAGUUGGAAGAUGCCUCUGAUGAUACUCGAAUAGACAAAAUUACACCAUUUGGCGUUGAUUCGUUUAUUCUUAGCGGAUCAGGCACGAUAAACAAUAUCUCUGUCGGAAACCAGAUAUUAUACAAUUUGUCGACACUGUCUAUGACGCCUAUAUUCAACCAGUCUUUGGGAGCUGUUCAGGCUGUGCUCGCAGACAAUUCUUCUAUCUAUUUUGGAGGAAACUUUUCAUAUAAUAAUGGCUCCAUGACGGGCUAUAGUGCUCUCAUUUGGGACUCCAUAUCAAAUACCACCCAACUUUUACCUUUUGGAGGGUUUGGUGAAAACUCCAGUGUGAAUUCCAUAGUCAAGCUAAAUAAUGACAACAUUUUAUUUGCAGGCCAGUUUUAUACACUGGAUGAUCCUUCUGCGCUUAUCAGUAGUUCAAAUAACGGUACGAACUCAACUUCCUCUUUAAACGCUACUACAUUGGAGCUAGGCCAACGAAUUCCACUGAGGUACGCUUCCUGGGAUUCCCAGGGAAGUACAACGUUUGCAUCUGAUUCGUUAGUUUGUCCUAACACUAAUGAGGAUGCAUGGCUUUAUCCGGAUACGUCUGGGUCUCUAGUUUGUAAUUUACCAUAUGAAGUUUCACCAACAAAAAUAAGGCUUUAUAAUUCCCAACGUUCCGAUAGUGAAAUCUCCGUGUUCCAAAUUCUGACUGAUCCAUCCAGUAGCAUAAUGAAUUUAACGUAUCUGGACCCACUAAGUGGGGAGUUGAAGAAUUGCGGUGAAUUUUGCCCUUUGUAUAGCCGAGCCACUUUAUUAUCAGCAAGCCAAAAUGUAUCUUCAUCCAUGGACAUGAUUACCUUCAUCGAUAACAACAAGACAGACGUAAAAUGGACGUCAGAUUUCCAAGACUUUGCGUUUGUGAAUGAACUUCCCGUUUCAUCGUUAAAAUUUGUAGCAUUAAAUUCAUACGGUGGUAGUGUUGGAUUAUCCGGUUUGGAGCUCUAUCAGGACACAUUCUCCACUUAUGCUAAUGAUUCUCUCAACGAAUAUGGCUGCAGCGCGCUUACCAAUGAUUCGUCGUCAUCUACAUUGUCGAGCAAUGAUUGGUAUAAUGGUCUAACAGGUGAAAGUUAUAUAGCCGCGAAAUAUGUUCCAGAUCAAAAUGAGCCAAUUCCACGCGUAAAGUUUUACCCAAACAUUAUCCACCCCGGUCACUACACUAUCAACAUGUAUACACCAGGGUGUCUUCAGGAUAAUACGUGCUCCGCAAGAGGUAUUGUAAACGUGACCAUGUGGAAUCAACAAAAUAACACAAUAAUGAAGACGUACUUGAUUUACCAGAAUAAUGAUAAUCUAAAAUAUGAUCAAAUCUACUCGGGAUAUCUAGAUUUCUCACCGGAGAUCGUUUUGGAGUAUGUCUCAGGAAUUUAUACAACCAACACUGCAACAGUGGUCGUGGCAGAUCAAGUUAAUGUCAUUACUGUUUCUUUAGAUGCUUUUAACACACUUUCAGAUUCUAGCAACGCUAAAAAAGAAACUUUAUUGAAUGGUAUUCUCCAAUACCAGAAAUCAAACUUUACCAGCACGAGAUUGAACGAAACAAAGGUAGGUAAUACUACUUUGAAUCUUUUCCCAGUAAAAAAUUACCCUAAAAAUUCUUCCCUUUAUGCUGACAUUUACGAUAACAAAUUAGUAAUUGGUGGAGUAAGCAACCGUAUUUCCAUUGUCGACCUUAAUGACGACUUUGAGGUUACAUCAAGUAAAAACCAAACCAUUCAAGGUGAUGUACAUGGUAUAACGAAAACUAACCAAGGUUUACUAAUAUUUGGAGAUAUUCUUUCAUCAAAUAAUCAAUCAGCUGUUUUUUUGUUUAAUGGAUCAUUUGAGAAUGUCUUCAACCAAUCGAGGACAGUGAAUAGUGCCCUUAAUAUAAGUCUUGCAAAUAACGACUUUAUUGUUCUUGAUAACGAUUAUGUGGUCAAUGCAUCUUCCAAUGCGCUUAUACGGAACUCCAGUUCCUUUAGUCUAUCACUUUGGGCGGCUGGUAACAAUGGCGAUGGCGAUGUUUUGUUUUCAGGUGCAGUAUCUCAUAUGCAAUAUGGUAAUUUGAAUGGGUCUGUACGUUUUUUGAACGAAAAUGAAAUAGAGCCACUUAACCUAGAAGGGGGUAUUGUACCUUACCUGGGAGCUUAUUUAAAUGAGUCUGCCACGGCAUAUGCAUAUGAGGUGGAUUCUCUAAACAAAAUUUAUUUUUCUAAUGAAGUUUAUCCUUCCUGGAAUUGGUCUAGCGGUAUUACUCAAAUGCUAUACGCUGAUAAUCAAACUUUACUAGCUGUCAGUGCAGGAUCUUCAACCACAGCAGAACUGUCGAUUUUUGAUUUGAGAAAUUUGACCAUGAUUGCUAAUGAAACACUAGGAUCAAAUGCUAGAAUAAAUGCUUUAGUUAACUUUGAAAAAAACUGUAGUAUGCUUGUCGGCGGAGAUUUCCAAAUGACUGAGCCGAAUUGCACCGGAUUAUGUCUAUACAAUUAUGAAAGCAAAACUUGGUCUACCUUCCUCAAUAACACGAUUUUUGGUGAAAUCACACAACUUUCCUUCACCAACUCAUCAGAAUUAAUUAUCUCAGGCCUUUUUGAAACAAAAGAAUACCAAUCUAUACGUUUAGGAUCCUUUAACUUAACCAAUUCUACUAUGAUUCCAUUAUUGAGUGGUUCUGAAGGGAAACUGAAUUCGUUUACUGUCACUGAAGACUCCAUAGUGGCAUGGAAUGAUACUUCAUUAUUUAUCUAUAGAAACCAAGAAUGGAAUAUUACCUCGUUACCUGGCAAUGCUAGCUCUAUUAGCUCUGUUUCAGCUAUAUACACAGAUAUUGAAUCCAACACUUUGAACAAGAGAGGAAUCAACAAUGUUAAUAAUGGCAGUAUCCUCUUACUUAAUGGUAAUUUUAAUAUUUCGCAAUACGGAUACCUACAAAGUUUGUUGUUUGAUUUCCAAAAAUGGACCCCAUAUUUUAUUUCAGAAACAACAAAUACUUCCAAUUACAAUCCAAUAAUUUUUAUUAAUAGAGACGUUUCAACUGAAUUCAACUCUCAGUCACCACUUGCCAAUGUGAACAUUACUGUGACAAGUCCUCAGUCAACAUCAUCCCAGCCUCCAUCUUCAUCGGCAAGCAGUGAAUCUAAAUCAAAAUCGAAGAAGAAGAAAAUAGGUCGUGGUUUUGUCGUUUUAAUUGGUCUUGCACUAGCAUUAGGGACAGUUUCUGUCCUUGGUAUUGCAGGCGUCAUUCUUGCCUACGUGUUUAAGGAUCCAGAGGGUGAUUAUAAGCCCAUUAAACCGCGAAUUGAUGAGAAUGAAAUGCUUGAUACCGUCCCACCCGAAAAACUUAUGAAGUUUGUCUAA